CGCCAGGUCCCCAGGGCAGCCCAGGCCGGCCCGGCCUAGCCGCACACGCACCAUGAAGUAUCCUCUGGUGCCACUGGUGAACGAGCUGACGUUUUCUUUCCUGGUGUUCUGGCUCUGUCUGCCCGUGGCCUUGCUGCUAUUCUUGCUGAUCAUCUGGCUACGCUUCUUACUCAGCCAAGAUUCAGAGGAAAAUGACUCAGAUGUAUGCCUCGAUUGGGAGCCUUGGAGCAAAGACCCUGCCGAGUUUUGCCAGGAGGAGAUGCUCCACAGCCAAGAGGAGGAGAGGCCCUGCUGCUGAGCCUAUUCUGCCGGACCCAGCGUUUCACUACUUCCCAGCCUGGUUCUCCUGGCGUCAGUGGGGCCGUGGCCGUGGCCGACGGCGAUGGGAGACUCUCCAGGGAGGGGAGAGGACUUUGGCGAGUGAGGUGCUCCCCUGUGACCCCAGUUUGGCUCCUCCACUGAUGGACACACAAACGCCUCCAGAGACCCGGCUCUCCUCUGUUACAGAUGACCUCCUCGGCCCCCCAGGGAGGAGCCGGAGCGUCUUAUACUGUGAAGACAGCAUAAGCGGGCCCUCGGGGAGAAGCUGGCCAACAGCUCAGAGGUCUGCCGGGGCAGGGCUGGGCCGGAGAGCGUGGAUCCGUAUUAAAGAAACAAAGGGGAUUCCUGGGCUCAGGGGACCCUGACAAACCUGCUGGG